AUGGCACGCCCAACAAUAGAAAAUGGAAGCAAUCUUCACCAGUUUGCAUCUGACAUACCUGAUGAUCAAAUGAUUGAUGCGAUCUUUCAGGAAAAGAAAACUGUCCACGCAGAAGACGCCAUUGAUUAUGAGGAUAUAGAUGAAUUGGCUGAAGAAGAACCUAACCAGAUGGAUGAUGACGUGUUUGAUCGAUUACUAGAGCCAGCGGAACAAGAUCAAGUAGAUAUAGAGGCAGAAGCCCAGAAUUUUGCUGAUGAUGAAUUUGAUGCAAUGUUUGGAGACGAUAAUCUCAAUAACCUCGAGUCCAACAACCAUUUAAUUGAACAGGAGAAUAAUGGCGUGGAGGAGCUAGGCAUAUUUGAAGAGACUGUGCACGAACAAGAAACUAAAGAGAAACGGAAAGCUGUGAUACGACAAAAGGUACUCGCUGAGAUAGCCAAGCUCGAAAAGAAAAGAGUCAAGCGCAACAUCAAACAUUACUACCCUUCAUAUUCCAAAGACAAGCCUCUAGAUUUCUUCAAGUUUUUCCUACCCAAGCCAAUGUUUUACAAGUACAAACGACCAUAUUUAACAUGUGCUAAAGUUAUGAAGCAUUUAACCCCAAAGGUGAGCUUGGAACUCGAUGCAGACCAGAGAAAGAGACAGCAUGAGAAAGAAAAGAAUGUAACAAAUAUCACGCAGCAUGAUUUGGACUUUAUCGACAACUUACAAGAAAAGGGCUCGUUGAGCUCGAUAAAACAGUUAGACUAUGUUAAACGAGACUGGCUUAACGAUGAUAAAUUCAGAGGUUACUCCAAAGACUUGAUAUUAUCUACCGCAGAUUGGGACGAUGAUGCAAUCAUCAACGGAGAUAAUGUGAAGCAAGUCACAGGAUGGGAUCUACUGGAUGAUGACUAUGAUGACGAUAUAUUUGAUGGACAAAUUGAUCUUGAAAAAUUGAAACUUGAUAUGAAUGACCCCAACUUGUUACUCGUGCCCUCGCAAGAAGCCAAACCCAAAUCCAAACACACGCUUGACAGAUUCAACCUAUCCAACGACCACGAGUAUGAGCUUUUGCGUAAGAAUUACAACACAAAACAAAGAUCACACUUGAGUAAUUUAAGUAUUGAACAUUCAGUUCCUGCAUUAAGAUUACAAACACCGUACUACAAAGUCAGACUUUCGAGAGCCGAAGCCAGAGCAUUCCACCGUCCCGUUUUUGCUGUGCGACCAGGUACAUUGAUGAGCUUUUCGAAAUUAAAAUUGAGGAAAAAGAAAAAGGACAAGGGUAAAUCCUUGCAUGAGAUAUUUUCAAAAACCACUGAUUUGACUGUUGCAGAUACUGCAAACAUGAUAACAAUGGAGUACGCCGAACAGUAUCCCUCCAUAUUAUCGAACUUUGGUAUGGGGUCAAAAUUGAUCAAUUAUUACCGCAAACAAAAUCCUGACGAUACUACGCGACCAAAAGCUCAAUAUGGAGAAACUCAUGUUUUGGGUGUUGAAGAUAGAUCACCCUUUUGGAAUUUUGGGGAAGUUGCUCCAGGGGAGUUUGUACCUACGUUGUACAACAAUAUGGUUCGAGCUCCUAUAUUUAAGCAAGAGCUGAGAAAUACUGAUUUUCUUUUGAUCCGAUCACAGGGAGCAGGAUCUCAUCAAAAGUAUUAUCUACGUCCAAUGAAUAUCAACUUUGCUGUUGGAAAUAUCUUUCCCGUUGAAAUACCAGCUCCACAUUCCCGUAAAGUCACCAAUAUAUCGAAAAACAGAUUGAAAAUGAUUGUUUACCGAGUGAUGAAUUCGAAAGGCGCUCCACGUAUUUCAGUGAAGGACGUGUCUAAGCAUUUUCCAGAACAAACGGAUAUGCAAAAUAGGCAGAGACUAAAAGAGUUUAUGGAGUAUCAAAGACAGGGGGAUGACCAAGGCUUUUGGAAAGUUAGAGGCAUGAAUGAUAUCAUCCCGUUAGAGGAGGAUAUUCGAAGCAUGAUUAGUCCCGAGGACGCUUCUUUGAUGGAUUCAAUGCAGUGUGGUCAGCAAGCGUUAGAGGACACGGCAACCUUAUUUGGUGAUGAAUCGAAACUCAUGAGUCACAGGAAAAGAAAGGAAUUGGAGAAAAAGGACGAACCAGCUGAGGAGAAUGAAACCGAGGAAUCGAAGAGGGAAAAGGAAAAGAAAAAGAAUAAGGAACAGGACGACAUUGAAGCAGAGGAAGAGAUGGCGCCAUGGAACUUGUCAAGAAACUUUGUCAUUGCCAACCAAACCAAGACUAUGUUGCAAUUAAAUGGAGAAGGUGAUCCUUCAGGUAUUGGCUUAGGUUAUUCAAUGUUGCGUGCUACACAAAAGAAUCCAUUCAAGCCAUUGUUCCCACCGCCUCAUGAAGUUGUUCCCAAAAGCAAUGCAGCUGCUUAUAAUCAAAAGUUGUACGAACAGGAAAUUAAAAGAAUAUGGCAUUCUCAAUGGAGUUCGCUAGUUGAUCCAAACUUGCAACAACUAUACCAUGAGUAUAAACCUGCUGAUCACGAGCAAUACUUUGUAAACAAGUUGGAGCAGGACACAAAAGAGAAGGAGCAACGACAAGAGUCUAAAGAGGAUAAAGUUUUGCGCAUCACGAGAAGAGUGCGUGAUCAAAAUGGUGUCGUCCAACGGAAAGUAGAAACUAUUACCGAUCCAAGGUUAAUCCGUGCAUACAUCAAGCGUAAGAAGUUGCUCGAAGACGAAUUGUUGAAGAGUGCCGAUGUUGAUGAAAUCUUGCCUACAAAUGAUGCCGAGUUGAACAAACUCCGUCGAAAGGCAUUGGAGGAAAAACUUGCCAGUUUAGAAAAAAGAGCCAAGCAGAGCAGAGCAAAGAAGCCACAAAAUGAUGCUAUUCAUGCUGCGGCCGCUGCCGGUGCAACCAUUAUUGAUGCCAACACUGUCAUGCUACCUGAUGGAUCCUAUGUUAUCGGUGGUAAAGGAAUAGGGAAAGGGAAUUCAACAACAAGGAGAUGCAAGAGUUGUGGUUCAUUUGGCCAUAUAAGGACCAAUAAGACAUGCCCGUUCUUGGCUUGGAUCGCAUUGAUGGGGUACCCAGUUGAAAGUGAUGGAAACGUCAAAGAGGUGACGCCUCAAACAUCAAAUGAACCUUAUGGCAGCCCUUACGCAAAAGAUAUCACACAAUCUUCAACCAGCUCUUACACUUCUUCGUCUGCACAAUCACGCUUUCAAAGAUUUAUCAAUUCGUUUAAACCGGCCGACUUGGAAGAAGAUGGGAUAGAUGUGACCAAUUUGACUCCGAUGGAAAAGUCGAUUUUAGCAUCGGCAAAGCACCCUUUGGCAAGACGGUUGAAAUCUAGACAUUUACAAAUGAUUGCCAUUGGUGGUAGUAUAGGUACUGGUUUAUUUGUGGGUAGUGGUUAUGCAUUAGCUAAUGGAGGUCCUGCCGCCGUGCUAAUUGGAUACGUUAUUGUUGGAUACGCGCUUUUGACGGUUGUUAAUGCACUUGGUGAAUUAUCAGUGCAAUUCCCAGUAAGUGGAUCAUUUAAUUCAUUUUUCACUAGAUUUGUUGACCCAUCAUGGGGGUUUUGUUUGGCGUUGAUGUAUUAUGUAAGUUGGGCCAUUUCAUACCCUUCGGAAAUCAUAGCAGCGGCAAUGACGAUUCAGUUUUGGAAUACGUCAAUUAGUCCUGCUGUCUGGGUAGCAAUUAUAUGGGUAGUCAUCUCGUCAAUCAACUUGUUUGGUGUUAAAGGGUACGGUGAAGUGGAAUUUGUCUUGUCGAUUAUCAAAGUGUUGGCGGUUAUCGGAUUUCUUAUUUUGGGAAUUUGCAUCACUUGCGGUGUUGGAGAUCAAGGAUACAUUGGUGGGCGAUACUGGCACAACCCGGGUGCAUUUAAUCAUGGAUUUAAAGGAGUGUGUUCGGUAUUUAUUAGCGCAGCGUUUUCAUUUGGUGGUAUUGAGUUGGUUGCGUUAGCAGCCGCUGAAACUGAGAACCCACGAAAGUCACUUCCAAAAGCAACAAAGCAAGUAUUUUGGCGUGUUACUAUUUUCUACUUGUUAACUUCAAUUAUUAUUGGCUGUUUGGUGCCUUAUACUAACACUGAUUUAUUAGACGGAGAAGGUAUUGCUGCUUCUCCCUUUGUCAUUGCAAUAAAUCAGGGUGGUAUCAAGGUUGUGCCACACAUUAUGAAUGCGGUAAUUAUUGUUGCUGUGAUAUCAGUUGGCAACUCCUCCGUCUAUGGAGCAUCGCGUACAAUGGCGUCGCUAUCAGCACAAGGUUUGAUUCCUAAAGUGUUUGGGUAUAUCGAUAAGCAAGGAAGACCGUUAGUUGCUAUUGCCAUUACCACUCUCAUUGGCCUUUUAGCAUUUCUCGUGGUGAAUAAAAACGAAGGUGCUGUUUUCACGUGGUUCUUUUCUAUUUGCUCAUUAGCAUCAUUCUUUAUAUGGGGGUUCAUCAACUUGACUCAUUUGAGAUGGAGAUGGGCAUUAUAUGCUCAAGGACGGUCUAAAGAUGAAAUUGUAUUUAGGUCCCCUUUUGGUACGUUUGGGUCUUGGACGGGUGAGAGCAGUGCUGAUGUAGUUACAUUCUGGCAGAACUGCUUGUCAUUGCCGCUUGUUUUUGUUAUAUUUGUCGCUCACAAGACAUACCACAAGACAUGGAAUCAUUUGUGGGUGAAGUUGGAAAAAAUUGAUUUGGAUACAGGUAGACGUGAGCUUGACCUUGAGGUAUUGAAGCAGGAAAUUGCUGAGGAAGAGGAGGCACUAGCCACAAAGCCGUUCUAUUAUAAAGUUUAUCGAUUCUUUUGUUGA